UCUUUGGAUAGAACUCCAAGCCAGCCAUUUCUACCAGCAAUUCCUAAUGUAUCUGGAAGCAGAGUGAAUUCCCUGGAAGACCGGCUAUCUAAUCAGGAGCGUACUACUGCUGUGCUUCUGGAUCAGGCAUUUCGGAUCAAAGAUGGCCUUGUUUCAUACCUUCAGGGAAAUAAGAACUCUCAGCAAGGGGAGGCAGCAGCUCACCAGCUAUUGGAAAAUCACAUCCAGACAAUCACAAGUGUUGUUAAAAAGCUGAGCCACAACAUAGAGGAGUUGGAGAGACAAAUAAAAGUCAGAGAUGAAGUAACAUCAGGAACUAAUUUUGCUGUGCAAAGUCUGGACCAUAAACACCUGCAGGGGGUUGGGGACCUACGUGGAAGAGUAGCCAGAUGCGAUGCUAGCAUUGCCAAACUCUCUGGAGAUAUCAAUAUCAUCAGGCAUGAGUUUUCAAAACUAGAGAAAGAAAUUCAUGCUGUGCAGUCUUCCUUGGACAAUUAUGUGAAUAAUAUUGAGAUGAAGGUAAUGCAUCUUUUAGGCAAGAUAGACACUUCAAACUCAGAGCAAACUUCAAAUUUAAAGACAAUACAGGGUGAUCAACACCAUGAAUUGCAGCUCUUGGACUUCAAGAUAAAUGGUAUUUUAAAUGAUUUUAAAGAUCAGAUUCAAAAUCAACGAAAGUGGAUGGAAAGUGAGUUGAGAAGAUCUGAACAAGAAGAAGUCCAUUUCACAAACCAGCUCUUUGCUACAGUCAAGGAGAGAUUGGAAAUACUGGAAAAGAAAUUGGAAGAUGGCUUAUACUAUGUCUCCAAAAGAAUAGAAAACACAGAAAAAACAUUGCAAUUUGAACUCAGCCAGGUGAAAAAUGAUCAAAAUAAACUACAUGCAAAGAUUACCAGAUUUGAAAAGCUGAUGUGGAGUGAACUAGAAGGAAUGCAAAAUGAAUACAGAUCAGGAUUUCAAUCUAUCCGUGACUCUCUUGACGCACUCAAACAUAUACAGUCAGCAAAACUAAAACUUGAAGAGGAGAAAUUCAAGCAAGAUAUGAAAAAACUACGACGAAAACUUAGUGAACUCAAAGACUAAUACAUUUUGUUUCGCAUUUACUGUACAUUUAUUCCAUCAAGGGAAAAUACUAAAAAGGUUUUAAAAGUUAUUUCUACAAAAUCAGACUUGUUUUCCUGUAACUCUGUAACAAAAGCACUGUCAUAAUUCUGAACAGACUUAAGUUAAAAUAGAAUCUCAUUAACACUUCAUUUGUUUGAAUAAAUAAAAUGCAAGGGCUUAACAGUACUGUUGUGUAAGUUAUUGCUUGAUUUAUUUUGACAAACCAUUACAUCAAAUAUCCAUAGUUAUAUCCUGAAGUUCUCAAAUUAGGAGCUUUCCUGCCUUUACAGAGAAACUUAUACAACUUUAUUUGCUCAUUUAUGUAAUUUUGUUAGUUAGGAAAAAGAAAAAUAAUUUCUUAAAACAUUUGUCUCAUUUUAUGAAAUCUUUUACAAUUUUAAUUGUUCUGCAAAUUCAAAUGAGUACUUUUACAUGCAGUAUUCUAGCUACCAAUUUGUUUUUCACUGUUUUUAAUUCUGAUAUUUACUUAUAAGGAAAAAGCUAAGUUUGCAAAAAUGUAACCAUAUGCCCAGAAAUAUUCUAUGAAUAGAUAUGCAAGCCUCUUAAAGGCACUUAAAUUUAUUAACAUUUAAAAUGCUGUUUUUUUUUUGUGUCAAAGUAGCUAUGGAACUAGAAGAUACAAGCAACAUGUCCCUCCUUGACCAACUCUCAAGUACUGUACAUUUUCUAACAAUGAGAUUCCAGAUAUAAUUUAUUACCAGUAUUUGAGGAGAAAAUAUUCUUGAAAAUUCAGAUGGAACUUGCUUUGCAGUCUUCUAUAAGAUUGAAAUCAAGUGGAUGAAUAAUGCAAAGGAUGUUGCAUAACAUUUUUACUUCCUGAAAGAAACUUCAUUGCAACACUUAAUCAUUCUCCGAAGAAAAAAAUAUCAGAGCAUCAACUAUGAAGUUCCAUCUGUUUUUAAAAACAAAUUGAAUAAAUAGGAGG